UUCUUUUUAUUUAGUCCUUUUGUUAGUCCUUUCUUUUCUAUAAAUAGUUUAGUUUUGAGUCUUUUAUUACCACACUUCCUUUUAGCUUUUUACCUUGUCGAGUCAUGGCAGAUGAAUUGUGGAAUAACCUUCAGCACUUUGAUUUGGGAAGAAAUGACCCGGAGUUGUUUAUUCCACACGAAGCAUACGCAGCUACAGAAGCUCGUAAUAGGCUAAGUCUAAUUGCUAGACCUCUGAAUCCAAGAUCUCAAAACCUUUUUACGGUAAUCUCUUCUCUACCAAGAACUUGGGGCUUAACAACAACUGUUCAAGGCAGAGUUCUUGAUGGUACGUAUGUUCAGUUCUUGUUUCAAUCUGAAUUGGAUCUUGUUUCAGUUCAAAGAAGAGAACCCUGGUUGUUUAAUAAUUGGUUUAUAGCAGUUCAAAGAAGAGAACCCGUGGAUUUCCCUGGGUUAAAUUUUCUGACAACAAUAGAUCUCUGGGUUCAGAUUAGAGGAAUCCCUUUGCACUAUGUUAGUGUUGAAACAGUGUCAGAAAUAGCUCAAGAUCUUGGGGAGAUAAUCCAAGUGGACUUUAAUGAGACCACUUCCAUUCAGAUAGCCUAUAUUCGGGUUAGAGUUAGGUUUGGAAUAUCGGAUAGGUUAAGGUUCUUUCAAAGAAUACGCUUUGAUGCAGGUGAGACAGUUGUGAUCCGUUUCCAAUAUGAACGUCUCAGAAGAAUAUGUACCAACUGUCUGAGGUUUAAUCAUCAAAGAAAUCAAUGUCCUUAUGGUCAGCUUAUUGAUGGAGGAAGAAGUGAUGAUUUGGAUCAUACAUUUGCGGGUAGAGAGAGAAGAUUUCUUCAGGAUAAUCUUCAGAGGUCUAACAUGAACUCUCAAUCUCAGAAUUCAGACUACUCCUUUCCUGCACCAAGAUCAACUCCUCCAAGAGUGGCUACUCCACCAUUGAAUCCUGAAGAAACUGUUGAUGCAAGAAGGUAUCUGUCCUCCUCAAGGAUUGCUAAUCUCCAACACUUUGCUGUUCCAACCCCCCAGAUUGCGGUAAGAAGACAACAAUCAGCUUCAAGCUCUAACUCUAAUUCCGCUACAGUUCAGGAGAUGAUGCCAAGAGAUCCAAGGAGGUUUGAAACAGGUGAAUCUUCAAGGAGAACAGAAAAUGGUGAACCAUCAGAGAGGUUUGACUAUUCAAAGCGUAAAAAGACACUUUCUGAUAAUCAAGAGGAAGAAAACAUGAACCAGAAGCAAAAAGGAUCUGAGCUUAAUCAAGGAGGAAUUCUGAAGCCUCCAAAAAAACGAUGAAACACUCUACUGAUUCUGUCAACACUUUUUGGCGAGGCUGCGUAAGGUUUUAAGGCAGCUUAAGGGUUUGAAUAAAAGGAUAUGAUCUUAGAAGUACCUUUUGGAAAGACCAUAUCUUCUGAAGCUUAUGAAGGAAGGAUGUUUAAGCUUCAUACUAAGAUGGAAACUUGACUUGAUGAAAAUGUUCUAUCUCUUGUCAAUGGAUCCUUUGUUUUUUUGUAAAUCCAUUGUAAGCUUACAAGGUUUAAGUUGGUUUGUAAGUGGAAGUUUCCACAGUUGUAUCUUGCAACAUCUGAUGAUAUAAAAUGGUACCACUUUUUGUGAAAAAAAAAAAA